AUGGACUCGGAACAGAACGCAGCAGCGGAUUCCACAGGAACCGGCGCGACUGCUAAAGAUGCUGCUGCAUCUACUGGAAGGAAGCGAGGUCGUCCUCCGAAGGCGAAACCGAGCCAGCGGCCGGAAGAGUCAGCCCCAGUCGUAGAUGGAUCGUCGGAUACACAGGUCGCACCGAAAAAGCGCGGUAGGAAAUCGCUGGCCGAACUAGCUAAAGAAGCUGCAAGCGGUUCGGAUUCUGGCGAAGAUGAUGACAAUGAGAAACAGCAGAAGAAAUUGAAGACCAAGCCAACUUCUACGACUGGAAGUGGUAAGAAACGUGGACGACCUCCUAAACCCAAACCGGCUGAUGCUGAAAGUACCUUUGGUGUGUAG